CGCCAGUGGGGUCCUUUCAACCACGGGAAGCUAGCCACGACCGGAUGAAAAUAGGGAAGAUUGUGUGACCCGCGGGCGGGCCUGAACACAGUAUUCAUACCGGAGCCGGGGGCGUUGCCCGGUGGACUUUGGCAGACUAAGCAGUUAGUUUUAUCUACGAGGACGUUUACCUUUGCAAGUAAAUAGAUAACCUCAACACAAGUUUCUGUUUUCUGGUUGCCCUCCUGAUUUGGGUUUAACACUUGGUUAAUUCAUUCUAAUCGGCAUCUGGGUACGAACUGUUCGGAUAACUUUCUAGUGAAGGAACACUGGCAGAAUUGUGUCUGUUUGAAAUUUUGUUUUUGGGAAGAGUCUGGAUAAUCUUAUUGAAGGAUGCAUGUGGUGUUUGAUUUAUUUCCAUACUUUCGGAUCUUUCUUAAGAGAGAUGAAUGAUCAGAACCCAGUACAGGGAAUUUUUUUAUAAAUCAAACUUUGGACACCAACUUUGGAUUCAGGGUCAGUGUAUCGUGUUGAGUGAUUUAUGCACUGUCUUCCAAAAUGGGAAAGGUUUUGUCCAAAAUAUUUGGUAACAAGGAAAUGCGGAUAUUAAUGUUGGGACUUGAUGCCGCUGGUAAGACUACAAUUCUAUAUAAAUUAAAACUGGGCCAGUCUGUCACUACAAUUCCCACUGUAGGCUUCAACGUGGAGACCGUCACUUACAAGAAUGUCAAGUUUAACGUUUGGGAUGUUGGGGGACAAGACAAAAUCCGGCCCCUUUGGCGGCACUAUUACACUGGCACACAGGGGCUUAUCUUUGUCGUGGACUGUGCUGACAGGGACCGAAUCGAUGAAGCAAGGCAGGAGCUACAUCGCAUCAUUAACGACAGAGAGAUGAGGGACGCCAUCAUUUUGAUUUUUGCCAACAAACAAGACCUCCCGGAUGCCAUGAAGCCCCAUGAGAUUCAAGAGAAAUUAGGCCUUACCAGAAUCAGGGAUAGAAACUGGUAUGUGCAGCCUUCCUGUGCGACAUCAGGGGACGGACUAUAUGAAGGACUUACGUGGCUAACAUCCAAUUAUAAAUCUUAAUAAAGACUUUUAGCACAACAAAUUUAAAAUAAUUUUGUCUCCUGGAAUAUAUUAAAGGAAGUAAGGAUUUAUAUUGGAUUAGAAUGAGCCAAACUUAUUUUUAAUUUGGAUAAUUGGCUGCCUAGUUUGGUUUGCUUUAGAAUGCUCUGGAUUAACAUAUCUUCUAAUAUUUUGUUAACUUUAAAACGCGUUUUUUUUUCUUAGCUGCAUUAUUAUUUUAAUUGGAAAAUUCACAUUUUAUGCUUUCUGUUACCAUGUCAGCGAUUUGUUUCUUCUUAUUGCUUGUUGUAGUUACCCACCUUCCAUUCAAAGUAUGUUGUCCCAGCUUAAUUUCAUCUAGUAAAAUUUCAAAUGAUGGUUCCACA